AUGAGCAGGUCGUUACGAGGGGAGCCAAUUCUCGUGCUGGACGGCGGUCUGGGCACGACACUGGAAGAUGAGCACGGCGUCAACUUUUCGUCAAAUACGCCGUUGUGGUCGUCCCAUCUGCUGGUCGAAAAUGUCGAGACACUGAAACGAGUCCAACGAGACUUUGCCGACGCUGGAGCAGAUAUCGUCCUUACAGCGACUUAUCAGGCUAGUUUUCUAGGCUUCAAGAACACCAAAGCCCCAAGUCAAAGUGGCAUUGACGAAGACGAGGCACGAAGAUUGAUGCUCUCGGCGGUGACAAUUGCUCGCGAAUCUUUCAAUGGGCGACCAGGAUUGGUGGCUCUAAGCUUGGGAGCCUACGGUGCAACCAUGAUCCCAAGCACCGAGUACAGCGGACAAUAUGGAUCCAUGACGGAAGAAGACCUAUUCGACUUUCACUCCAAGAGGCUCUCGUGCUUUGUAAACAGCCCGCAGUGGGAGGACGUCGACCUCGUCGCCGUCGAGACACUACCACGGCUAGAUGAAGUGAGGGCGACAAGGCAAGCCAUGCAGAUCAUCCACGGUAAACCAUACUGGAUCUCCUGCGUCUUCCCGAACAAUGACGAAACACUGCCUGAUGGGACGGGAGUCGAGGAAUUGGUGACCACCAUGUUAGAAGGAGAACGGCCUCCAUACGCGAUUGGUAUCAACUGCACGAAGGUCCAUAAGUUGCCAGGCCUAAUUCAGAGCUUCGAGGACUCUGCUCAUGCACACGAUUUAGCCCUUCCACGACUGGUGAUUUAUCCCGAUGGCGCCGGCGGUAAAGUGUAUGACACGACCCUGCAGCAAUGGAUGGGCAGCGAUGACGAGGAAUCGCCCUGGGAGCAACAGGUGUACGACAUCGUCAAGGAAGUGCAGCGGCGACGCAAGUGGAAGGGUAUAGUUGUCGGAGGAUGCUGCAAGACGACACCGAACCAUAUCAAGAAGUUGAAAGCGAAACUGGAUGAAUCGAAAUAG